AUGCAGAUUAAUAGUUAUGAAUGGAGGUCGCAUCCAAGUGGUACUUCAAGUAAAGUGAAUAGUUCACUCAUAUCGCUGGCUAACCAAUUUAAAACGAGGUAUCAAGAUAGAAUUUUAAAAAUGACUGAUGAUCUCAAUAUCCAUCCUUCUAAUGCAAGUGUAAUUAUCGUAGAAGUUGCCAAUGAACUAUUUAGUGAGGGGGUCACUUGGCCGAAAAUUGUUGCAUUAUUUGUACUCGCCGGCGAAAUGGCUCUUAUUUGCCAUAGAUUGAGUGGCGCAGAAAUCGUAAAGGAUCUGGCAGAACGUUUGAGCUCCUAUAUUGGAUCAAAUUUAUUAAUGUGGGUGAUUAAUAAUGGUGGAUGGAAUGGCCUUAUUACUUAUCAACAGGAAUACGAUGACUUUUGA